UAACAUUACUGCUGUAGUCAUGAAUUCCAUCUGAUAGGAUUGUAGACAUCACCUAAUCCUGAGAGCUUUAAAUAUUCAAAAAAGUAAAAUAACUGUAAAAGGCUUGCCUCUCUUGGAUAGGGAGAAACACUUGUUCAUAAGUGUGACAUGAGCCCAUGCAUUCUUCUUUUCCAGGUCCAAAUUAUAUAUUUUUAGAAGCGGCAUGAAAAUUUGGGCAAACCUCUAAAUCACUCGCAAAGGCUAUGUUCUAUUGAGAAGAAGAAAUAGAAAAAUGAAGCCUUUUGUAUGAUUAAUGAGAUUGUCAGGGGGCUAAGAAAGUAUAACUUCAGAUUGCUUUAUGGAGAUAUUUGUAUCUCAGAAAUGCACAUUUUUCUUCUUCAUUUCCUUUUCUCCUUUAUUACAUUAGGCAAAAUGAAAUCAACAGAGGUGUUCAGUUGCCAAAAGAGUAGUACCCUUUUUUUCUCAGCUGGCAGCUGUACAAAGGCGAAGCGAGCUGAGAAGGGCCUAUAAAAUGCUGUGCUGUACAAACAGCCCUGCACUUCAACUGGGGCAAGGAGCAGGAGAGGAAUUGGCACAGAUAGGCUUAGAGCCUAUUGGAGAGGGGAAAAUGCAGGAAAAAAAGAGUAUUCCGAGAUUCAAAGUCCUUCAUUCAUCAUCCUAGCCAACGUAUAAUUUAUGAGUGCAUGUGACUUGAUUUGCUUUGAAACUUGAUUCCAAGUUUAACUACUAGGGCUUUGGGGACAAGCAAAAGGGGGAGGUAUUGGAGAUACAGAUAAAAUAAAUGGGGAAGUUGGGGUGGAACCAGUUUAGUGUGAACGCAGGGCUUGAACAGCUUCUUCUGAGCACCAUUCAGAGUUCUUGGUAUUGCAGAAGCCCUAAAUCAGCCUGUCCCAAUCUGGGAGUUGCAGAGGCUGAAAUGGAGAAAGAUAUAAACCGAACUCUGAAGAUUAUGAUCCGAUCUAUCAGGAAGGAGGAUAAAAUGGAGGAAACAUAUCUUGAUAUAACUGGAGUUAGGAAGCGAGGGGGGCUGCUGGUGGGACUUCCUGAAGAUCCACCUCCAAGUUCUCUUCUUCCAGAGUCAGUCCUUCAGUACUAUGUACAACAGUAUCAAAAAUCUGGAUUCAGGGGCCCACUGAACUGGUACCGAAACAUGGAAAGAAACUGGUCUUGGAAUGCUUCUUCCCACGGCAGAAAGAUCACAGUCCCUGCCCUGAUGGUCACUGCUGGGAAGGACAGGGUUCUCAGUCCAGGCUUGAGCAAGCACAUGGAGGACUGGAUUCCACAUCUGACUCGUGGUCACAUUGAAGAAUGUGGCCACUACACACAAAUGGAGAGGCCUGCAACUUUGAACAAAAUCCUGAUCGAAUGGCUGGAAGGUGUUCACAAAAAUGCUUCACUGCAAACAACUGCCAAGCUUUGAACAGGACUUCAGCUCCCAUACUGGCUAAACUAUUACCUUUCAUUUUAGGAAGGAGAAAGGAAUUCAUAAGAUAAUUGAUUAUGGAGCUCUCGCAGUGCUUUUGGAAUUGAAAUAUAUUUUCUGAUUGAUGCUUAAAAAAUUGUAUGCAUUAGAAGGGAUUAGUUAUGAUCAACAUAAAAUGGACUUUAAAAAAUAACCUAAACAGAAUGCUAAAAUCAUAUAACCAUGAGAGGUUUUGUUAUCCUUUGAUCUCUAUUCUUUUGACUGCUGGAACCUUAUCAGUGUCAAAAAGAGAGAGAGAGAGAAAGGGAGAAAUUAUAAGAAAAUUCUCAGUGGCUCACACAUCAUUUGGACCAGUUAUAGUUUCCCUGACUUUUUGGAACCAAGUUUGAGCCCUAGUUUGUGGGAAGCUUGAAUCACAGCUUCCCAAUUCAGAUGACUCUGAAACUGAUUUAACAAACUCGGGAUGUGUCUUUUGAAGCAGGCACAAGGCAGGGCAAGCACGUUUGAUUAAUGCUCGGAUGGGGAAUGGGGUCGCUCUCCAGAUGUUGAUAUCUACAAUUCUAUCAUCAUAGACCUUUUUGACUGGCGGAUGGGACCGAAGAAACCUCUGGAGAGUCCUAUGUUUCCAAAUUCUGGUUUGCUGUCUGAACUGGGCUUAGAUUUCUAAUUGUAGUAUUCAGUUUAGCUUCAUGAUUAUGAACUUUCACCCCUGGGCGGGACACAUGUAUAUGCUUUGUGGCAGUUAGGGUUCCUUUCUGGAAAGAUACUAUCAAUCAGAGUUUUUCAGAUUGUGUUCCGUGAAACCUUAGGGUUCCACAAGAAAUUGAUCGGGUUCUGUGAGAGACUAAGGACAAAAAAAAGUUUGUUCAAACAUGGCCAGUUUUCUAUCACUGGAACCUCUGGGAUUUCCUUUUUUUUUUUUUUUUUAAACAAGUUUUGGCUGAAGAAGUUUGAUCAUGCCAAAUAUCUACUACUCGGUCAAGCACCUGUAUUUUUUCCUGGGAUCACAUGGAGAAAAGACACAGCUCCUUCAAAGAAUUGCAGAUUCGUUUGUAUUUCUGCACAUUCUGUCCCCGCUUUUGGGAAUUGAACCUGAACCUGAAUAAGUAGAAUAAAGUUUUGCAAACAGUA